AUGCCUUUUGGAUUUAGGCGUUCGAACUCUAGCGGUUCUAACCGCUCAAUUGAUACUUCCUCUCCACCCGACUCUCCAACACGUAUUAUUGAACCCACACUACCAAAUACCUCAAACACCACCAACAAAACAGGAAACCCUCAAAAUAGCGCAGGCGACGUUCGUAAUAACAACACAAUAAGUAGUGGUAACGAAAAUCAUUCUGAAGCUGAAGAAAUUAUUAUUUCUGACGAAGCAAUUCUAACAGUUCCAACAAAUGAAACUCAAAAUGAAACAGAAACGACACCUAAUUCCUCAUACAUACUAGAACCCCAAGUAGACCCCGACAUUCCUCCAGACACAGACGAGUGGGGAAAUACGCCUGGAAGUAAAAAAAGAUUUCGGGCAAGAGACACUGAACCGAUUUUGUAUCAAGAUAAAUUUGUGGCUAUAUCGGCUACUUAUUUAUACAUAUUGAAUUAUUUUAUGCCGGACGCAAAGGAUAAAGCUAUCCCAAUGACUAGUAUUCGUAAUGUCCAGACAGAUCGGGAAGCAAGAAUUUCAGACAUGGCAUACCAAAAAUGGGGCUCCGGCGGGUUCGAUCUUUGGUGGGCUCGUGAUCUUGGUAGAUGGAAAAAUCAUGACUUGUGCGUAAUAGUGACUGUAGAACGUGAUUGGGUAAAAAGAAAAGGUUUCACUUUGGAACAUGCUGAAGGACUUAAAAUUCUAAAGAAAGCAUGGCAAAAGGCAAAGGGAAUCCCAGAGCAGAAUGAUUAA